ACGACCCCUCAAAAAAAAAAAACUCCGACACGACGACCUAAUUCGCUUCAGCAUUCCAAAUAUCCACCGCUCGCCGCCGGCGACUCCCGCUCCGGCAAAGGAAUCCUCACAAAUCCCUCCGGCACCGGCCCGAGCACAGCGCGGGUUCACCAUGGUGAAGAACUUCCGCAAGCGAAGCCUCGAGUCGGACGCCGCCGACAACUCCGACGACGAGGACACCCGCCGCGUUGCUCUGGAGGAGAUCAGGUACACGCAGAAGCUCCGGGAGAGGAAGCUCGGCAUCCCCGCGGCGUCCGUGGCCACCGGCGCCGCCGCCUCCGCCACCACUGACGCGUCCUCCGCUCGGGGCCGAGGUGGCAGCGGGGCAGGGGCAGCGGGCGAAGAGGACCUCGUGCUUCAGGACACCUUUGCGCAGGAGACCGCUGUUACCAUCGAAGACCCCAAUAUGUUGAGGUAUGUGGAGAACGAGCUGUUGAAGAAGAGGGGCAAGACGAUCGAGGUCAACGACAAGGACGAUAAGGACGAGGUGGAUGAGCUCUAUGUCGUGCCGGACCACCUGAAGGUCAGGAAGAAGAACAUGGAGGAGAGCUCAACCCAGUGGACCACUGGCAUAGCUGAAGUUCAGCUGCCCAUCGAGUACAAAUUGAGAAAUAUUGAAGAAACCGAGGCAGCUAAAAAAUUGUUGCAAGAGAGAAGGCUUGCGGGUAAAACAAAAUCAGAUGCAAACAUUCCAUCAAGUUACAGUGCUGAUUAUUUCCAUCGUGGGAGAGAUUAUGCUGAAAAAUUGCGAAGAGAACAUCCUGAGUUGUACAAAGGUCAAGAUUCACAAGCUAAUGAAACUGGAGGCGAACCAACAGAUAGUAACAAUCCAGGCGGUCCACCUGCAGGACGUAGAGAAGCUGCUACAGAUGAAUUGUUGCUCGAGCGUUUCCGCAAGCGAGAAAAAUUCCGUGUCAUGCGAAGAUAGAAAUAGCUGACCGAGCAGGCUGCUGGCUUGGCGCUGUUGCCCUUUAAGCAGAAAACAUGUUAGUGGCAACACACGAUAGUCCUAUAUGUUGGGUUAUUCACUGAAAACCCACACUAAAGCAGGUAGGGUCCCUUGGUUGGUUACUCUGCUUCUACAGCACCUGUUAUGGAGAAAGAAGCGCACAGACUUAUUAUAGAGGAGCUAUGAAAUAGAUUUGAGUGGGUCUAUUUCCUUCAUUGUGCUGCAUCGAUCUGGGGGCUUCAUACAGUUUGAGGACUUCACAGUGGAUGUCAAAUUGCAGGAGCCACUCUAAUUGUAGGGAUGUAUGACUCUUAUUUUAGUGUCCGCCUGCAUGUUCAUCUUUGCUGGAAGAAACUCUGUUCUCAGCUGUGCUCUUCUCCUAUGCUAAGGGGUGGUCGCAGGUUGUAGUGCAUUUUCUUAUGUUCACUUUAGCCUAGUGCAUUUUUGUGCGGAAUUUACGUUCAUCAAUCUGGCCUGCAAGUGCAAUCUGCUUGUGUGAAUUGCUCACAGCUUUUUUGCAGUUUUACUGCAGUAUCUUCAUCAAUUUGUACUUC